AUGUCAUCAACCUCCUCGGCGCCAGAGGCUACUGAAGCUCCGCCACCUGUUCCUACCUUCGUAUUGGGCGAUCCCCACGACACCUGCAAUGACUACUGCCAGUUCAACGAGUUUGCUGGGUGUAACUUGACCCAAAUUCAAUCGAUAGACACGGAGGAGGAGCUUGCGAUGACCGUUCAGCAGAUUGGCCAGGACGAGGGCACGAACUUCACCUGCCUCACCAACAACAGCAUCUUCAACCAGGGCGUUUAUUUUGAGCCCAGAAGGGGAAUUUGCUCCCUCAGCAGAAACGGGGUCAACUGUUCCCACAAUACACGCGAAGAAGUCCGCCCGUUGUGCUUUUGCACUGGCACAACGUCGACCACGACGCCAUCUCCGGCCUGGACUUUGGGCCCGCGGGGAAGCUCCUGUGAUUCCGUCUGCCAGGCGGAGGGGAAGGUGUGCGACCCGGGCCCCAUGGAAGAGAUCGAUCGGAUCCCGCGGGCCAUCCGCCUCUUUGAGGCCCUGAACAUCAGCUGCCUCUCCGGCCGUGGGAGGUUCAGCCGGGCCCCGACCUACUUAAGAGGAGUCAAUGUGGUCAGACAGGAGUGCGCCUACAACAAGAAUCCGACCAAUUGCAGUCUGAAUGUGGACAGCUCUUUGGAGCCGCUGUGCUAUUGUGUCUAG